CAACCGAUCCAGUAGAUGACAACGCCGUCUGGUUCACGAUCUCCCCCCUGCCGCUUCUCCACUUCUUUUCGUCCGUCGCGCCCGCUCCUCUCCUCCUAUAUCCUAAUCUCCUCCACCCAAACCCUUCGCCGCCCUAUCUCUCCCUCCCCCGAGCCGAAGGCGUUCCUGCGAUGGGUACGAGCGCAUCGAAGAAUUCCGGCAGCUGCCAUGGCGGCCGCGAGGGCCAGCUCUACGUCUCCCUCAAGAUGGAGAACUUCAAGAUCCGACGCGACCUCAUCCCCCACGUCUACGGCUCCGUUCCCAUCACAGGAUCUUGGGACUUCUCCAAAGCCCUCUCGAUGGCGCGCGAGUCGGCUUCGAUGUGGGAGCUCAGCUUCGUCGUGUCACCCGAUCACGAGACGCUGGACUUCAAGUUCUUGUUGAAGCCCAAGUACAGUAACGCGCCGUGCGUGGUGGAGGAGGGGCCGAGCCGGCUGCUUACGGGAGGGACGCUGGAGGAGGGCGACGCCAGGUCGGCGCUGUUCAAGAUAGGUGGGGACGAAGAGGUUCUCGAGUAUAAGGUGUUCAUCAAGGCCGACAUUGUGUCCCCGUUUGAUCUUGCCGCCAGUUGGCGGGCCUAUCAGGAGAAUCUCCAGCCGUCAAGGGUGCGAGGGAUUCCGGAUGUCAGUAUUAAUGUGGCGCCAAAUACGGGUUUGGAGCAGAUUGGGCCAGCAUCUCCUUUGGAGCUUGAUUUAGAACAUUAUGUUGUUCCAGCACCAUCUGCUAGUGCUGGUGUUGUUUAUGCAGCUAAUUUGACAGAGACACCAAGAUCAUUGCCUACUGCUGGAAUUUUCUCUAAGAAUGAUGCCCUAAGUGGUAGUUCAUAUGGCUCAAGUAAAGCUGGUGUCUUUUCACUUGACUAUUCUAUUAGCUGUAAGGAUCUGGAUACUACAGUCUUGGAUCCAGACUCAGAUCAUCCCAAAUGUCCUCCAGCUCCUGGUAUGGUUGAGUCAAAGUCAGUUGGCACAUUUUCACCAUUGCCAAAGCAAGAUGGUCAAAAAGGACUCUUUGUCGAUAGGGGUGUUGGCUCCCCUAGACUUGUUAAAUCAGCUAGUGCAGGUGCAUUCACAUUUGAUCUCAAGUUGGACUCUGAAACAAAGGGCAUGCCAGCCGCAGCUGGAGCAGUUGCAGCCGCAGCUGUUGCUGAUCAGAUGCUUGGACCAAAGGAGGAUAGUAGGUUGGCCAUUGUGUUGGUUGGUCUGCCAGCCCGGGGAAAAACCUUCACUGCAGCCAAACUCACUAGAUACCUGCGAUGGUUAGGUCAUGAAACCAAGCAUUUCAAUGUUGGAAAGUAUCGCCGCCUUAAGCUUGGAACAAAUCAGUCUGCUGAUUUUUUUCGUGGGGACAAUCCUGAAGGUUUGGAGGCUCGCAAUGAGGUUGCUGCUUUAGCCAUGGAGGAUAUGAUAGCCUGGAUGCAGGAAGGAGGUCAGGUUGGUAUUUUUGAUGCCACAAAUAGCACCAGAAAACGAAGAAAUAUGCUCAUGAAAAUGGCUGAAGGAAAAUGUAAGAUCAUAUUUUUGGAAACAAUUUGCAAUGAUGAACAUAUAAUAGAAAGAAAUAUACGGCUGAAAAUUCAACAAAGCCCUGAUUAUGCAGAAGAACCAGAUUUUCAAGCUGGAAUGCUAGACUUUAAAGAACGCUUAGCCAAUUAUGAAAAGGCAUAUGAACCAGUGGAAGAGGGUUCUUAUAUCAAAAUGAUUGACAUGGUCAGUGGACAAGGUGGGCAGAUACAAGUUAACAACAUCAGUGGUUAUCUUCCUGGCCGAAUUGUCUUCUUCCUGGUGAAUACUCAUCUAACACCCCGGCCUAUUCUCCUUACACGGCAUGGUGAAAGUCGAGAUAAUGUUAGAGGAAGAAUUGGAGGUGAUGCAGUUUUAAGUGAAGCCGGUGAACUUUAUUCAAAGAAACUUGCAAAUUUUGUUGAGAAGAGACUGAAGUCUGAGAGGACAGCUUCUAUAUGGACUAGCACACUUCAAAGAACUAUAUUAACUGCAAGUCCAAUUGUCGGAUUCCCAAAGAUACAAUGGCGUGCCCUUGAAGAGAUAAAUGCCGGAGUAUGUGAUGGAAUGACUUACGAAGAAAUAAAGAAAAACAUGCCUGAGGAAUAUGAAUCACGUAAGAAGGACAAGCUCAGAUAUCGAUACCCUCGUGGGGAGUCAUACUUGGAUGUCAUUCAAAGGUUGGAACCCGUAAUUAUUGAGCUUGAACGACAACGUGCACCAGUUGUCGUCAUUUCUCACCAGGCUGUGUUGAGAGCAUUAUAUUCAUAUUUUGCUGACCGACCAUUGAAAGAAAUUCCUCACAUUGAAGUACCACUUCACACAAUAAUUGAGAUACAAAUGGGGGUCAUCGGUGUUCAAGAGAAGAGAUACAAGCUCAUGGAUUAAUUCAUUUCCCGGGAGGUUGCAUGUAGCUGGUCCUACCAUUUUGUUUUUGUUUUAAGUAAUUAUGAUUUUACAUAGUGGAUGUUGGCUUGAAAGCAAGCCUCUCCAAAUCACUUUUUUAUAGUAUCAUUUAUCACCGAACAAAAUAACUAAUUUCUUCAUUCAGAGCAAUCUGCACAUCUCCUUGUGUA